UUUAUUUUAAGCAGGGGACAAUUCACAUUAUAAAAGAAAUGGAGGAGAAGAGAGAGAAAGCAGAGAAGUCAUUCAGCUGCAGCACCAUGUCAAAUUCUGUGGCAUUUUCCGACACUGGGAAUCCCAGCUUCGGCUCCAUUUUCUCAUUCCUCAUGGAAAAGAUGCCACCACCACCACCCUCACCACCACUACCACCCCUAUCACCGCUACCGCUGCCACCAUUUCACCAACAAACUUCCUCUUUUGGAAGCUUCAAGGACUUGUUAACAAUCGAGGAUUUUGAUCCUGCUUUGUUUGAUUGGAACCCCACCACCACCACCAACACCGCCGCCGCUGCUGACGUCACUUCACCACCACUUUCUACCACCCAAAUCAGCCACCCUGUUCCCUCCCCUGCCACCUCCAACAUCCUUCCUGAGUACUCUUCUGAUGUGCUCAACACUCCAACCACCCCCAACUCCUCCUCAAUCUCAUCAUCGACGAAUGGAACAGGGAAUGAUCGUGCAGAACCAGAACCAGAAGCUGAGAAUGAUGAUGAUGGAGAUGCCAUCAAAGAUCAAAACCAGAAUCAGAAUAAGAAUGGCAGGUUGAAGGGAAAGAAGCAGAAGCAGGAGAAGCAGGAGAAGAAGGAAAAGAAGGAAAAGAAGGAAAAAGAGCCAAGAUAUGCUUUCAAGACAAAGAGUGAGGUGGAUAAUUUGGAUGAUGGUUUUCGAUGGCGUAAGUAUGGUCAAAAAGCUGUCAAGAACAGCCCUAACCCAAGGAGCUACUAUCGUUGCACCACCGCUGGUUGUGGCGUGAAGAAGCGGGUGGAGCGAUCCUCUGAGGACACCUCCGUGGUGGUCACCACCUACGAAGGAGUCCACACCCAUCGGUGCCCGGCUGCAAGGGGUAAUUAUGGUGGUGCGGCUCCUCAUGGACUUGGUUCCAACCAGUAUGUGCUGCCUUCACAGGCACAGAAUCUCCAAGUUCAAAAUUUUCAGAACCAGAAUGUGCAGCAAGCUGCACCAUCUUUCUCUACAACCCCUUCUUUCAAUGCUGCUACCCCUGUACCACCUAUCUCCUACAGAAACGCUAUUAUCCCAUUACCUUUCAAUGUUGCUAACCCAGCACCUAAUACUCACUUUAAUACUUCCUCCUUUGGGAGCUUCCUUCAAGGGAUCAAUGGUGUAGAUUUUGUGCAGUCUUCUAGGUUUAUGGCUAACAACAACCAGGGUUUGCUAAGGAACAAUGGGCUUCUUCAGGACAUGUUUGUGCCAGCUCACAUGGAAUUCGGAGGUGGAGGAGGACGAAGAUGAGUAGAUCAUGGUGCUGAAGCUGAUGGAGGAAGAUGAGUAGAUCAUUAAUGAACUAAUUAAUGAUGCUUAAUUAUGGUAUUAAUGUUAACUUCAUGACUUGUAAAUUAUUUAAUAUAUAUCUGGUAUGUAUGGUUCUUAUCAAACUGAUGUGAUGAAACCUCUCUAAGUCAGGGCCUCUGAGUUGUUUUGUGUGUUUGGAGACUUCUGCUGGUGGCUUGUGUUCAUAUGAAACAUGUUGAUAUUGGAGGUUCUUCCCUUUUUAUUUAUAGA